CGCCGGCGCGGCGCCAACACGGCGCCGCAGUUCCAGCCGGCGAGCUACCAGGCGGCGGUGGCGGAGAACCGGCCGGCGGGCACGGCGGUGGCGCGGGUGACGGCGCUGGACCCCGAUGGCGGCGAGGCCGGGCGGCUGCGCUACGCCAUGGCCGCCCUCUUCGACAGCCGCUCGGACGCCCUCUUCGCCAUGGACCCCGCGAGCGGCGCCGUCACCACCGCCGCCCCCCUGGACCGCGAGAGCAAGAGCACCCACGUCUUCCGGGUGACGGCGGUGGACCACGGCACGCCGCGGCGCACGGCGCUGGCCACGCUCACGGUGACGGUGAGCGACGCCAACGACCACGACCCGACGUUCGAGCAGGCCGAGUACCGCGAGAGCGUGCGGGAGAACCUGGAGGUGGGCUACGAGGUGCUGACGGUGCAGGCCACCGACGGCGACGCCGGCCCCAACGCCAACAUCCUCUACCGCCUGCUCAACGCCCGCGGCCCCAACGAGGUCUUCGAGAUCGACCCGCGCUCCGGCGUCAUCCGCACCCGGGGCCCCGUGGACCGCGAGGCGGUGGAGGCCUACGAGCUGCUGGUGGAGGCCGCCGACCAAGGGCAGGAGCCGGGGCCCCGCAGCGCCACGGCCACGGUGCGCAUCGCCGUGGAGGACGACAACGACAACGCGCCGCAGUUCAGCGAGAAGCGCUACGUGGCCCAGGUGCCCGAGGACGUGGCGCCCAACUCGGCCGUGCUGCGGGUGACGGCCACCGACCGCGACAAGGGCAGCAACGCCCUGGUGCACUACAGCAUCGUCAGCGGCAACACGCGGGGCCACUUCUACAUCGACGCGCAGACGGGCGCCGUCGACGUGGUCAGCCCCCUGGACUACGAGGCCAGCAAGGAGUACACCCUGCGCAUCCGGGCGCAGGACGGCGGCCGGCCGCCCCUCUCCAACAUCAGCGGGCUGGUGACGGUCCAGGUGCUGGACGUCAACGACAACGCGCCCAUCUUCGUCAGCACGCCGUUCCAGGCCACCGUGCUGGAGAACGUGCCCGUGGGCUACUCCGUCAUCCACAUCCAAGCCAUCGACGCCGACUCGGGCGAUAACGCCCGCCUGGUCUACAGCCUCCUGGAGACCGGGGCCGGCUUUCCCUUCGCCAUCAACAACAGCACUGGGUGGAUCGUGGUGGCCUCCGAGCUGGACCGGGAGGUGGUGGAUUUCUACAGCUUCGGGGUGGAGGCGCAGGACCAGGGCAGCCCCCCGAUGGCGUCCUCGGCCAGCGUCAGCAUCACCGUCCUCGACGUCAACGACAACAGCCCCGAGUUCACGCAGCGGGAGUACGGCGCCCGCCUCAAUGAGGACGCGGCCGUGGGCACGAGUGUGCUCACCGUCUCUGCCAUCGACCGUGACGCCAACAGCGUCAUCACCUACCAGAUCUCCAGCGGCAACACCCGCAACCGCUUCUCCAUCACCAGCCAGAGCGGCGGUGGCCUCAUCUCCCUCGCUCUGCCUCUGGACUACAAGCUGGAGCGCCAGUACCUGCUCACCGUCGCUGCCUCCGACGGCACCCGCCAGGACACGGCCCAGGUCAUCGUCAACGUCACGGACGCCAACACGCACCGACCCGUCUUCCAGAGCUCCCACUACACUGUCAACAUCAAUGAGGACCGACCUGUGGGCACCACGGUGGUGGUCAUCAGCGCCACAGACGAGGACACGGGCGAGAAUGCCCGCAUCACCUACUUGAUGGAGGACAGCAUCCCCCAGUUCAAGAUUGACCCCGACACGGGGGCUGUCACCACCCAGAUGGAGCUGGACUACGAGGACCAGGUGUCCUACACCCUGGCCAUCACAGCACGGGACAACGGCAUCCCACAGAAGUCCGACACCACCUACCUGGAGAUCCUGGUGAGCGAUGUCAACGACAACGCCCCUCAGUUCCUCCGUGACAGCUACCAAGGCUCUGUGUACGAGGAUGUGCCGGCCUUCACCAGCGUCCUCCAGGUCUCCGCCACGGACCGUGACUCGGGGCUCAAUGGCAGGGUCUUCUACACCUUCCAGGGUGGCGAUGAUGGCGAGGGCGACUUCAUCAUUGAGUCCACCUCGGGCAUCGUCCGCACGCUGCGGCGCCUGGACCGGGAGAACGUCCCGCUCUACGCUCUGCGGGCCUACGCCAUGGACAAGGGCGUCCCAGCCAAGCGAAUGCCUGUAGAAAUCCAGGUGACAGUGCUGGAUGUCAAUGACAACCCACCUGUCUUCGAGCAGGAUGAGUUCGACAUCUUCGUGGAGGAGAACAGCCCCAUCGGGCUGGUGGUGGCCCGCAUCACGGCCACCGAUCCCGAUGAGGGCACCAAUGCCCAGAUCAUGUACCAGAUUGUGGAGGGCAACAUCCCUGAGGUCUUCCAACUGGAUAUCUUCUCCGGUGAGCUCACGGCACUGACCGACCUGGACUACGAGACCAAGGCGGAGUACGUCAUCGUGGUGCAGGCCACCUCGGCCCCGCUGGUGAGCCGGGCCACCGUGCACGUCCGCCUGCGGGACACCAACGACAACAGUCCCCAGCUGAGGAACUUCGAGAUCCUCUUCAACAACUACAUCACCAACCGCUCGGGCAGCUUCCCCAACGGCGUCAUCGGCCGCAUCCCGGCCCAUGACCCCGACGUCUCCGACACCCUCACCUACGCCUUCGAGCAGGGCAACGAGCUCAACCUGGUGCUGCUGGACCCCGGCACAGGCGAGCUGCGCCUCAGCCGGGCGCUGGACAACAACCGCCCGCUGGAGGCAGUCAUGAAGGUCUCGGUGUCAGACGGCGUCCACAGCGCGACGGCCCAGUGCACGCUGCGGGUGACGGUGAUCACGGACGAGAUGCUGAGCAACAGCAUCACGCUGCGCCUGGCCGACAUGUCCCAGGAGCGCUUCCUCUCGCCGCUGCUCAGCCUCUUCCUCGAGGGGGUGGCGGCGGUGCUGGGCGCCCCCCGCCACCGCGUCAUCCUCUUCAACAUCCAGACGGACACGGACGUGCGGGCCGCCCGCAUCCUCAACGUGAGCCUCUCGGCGCUGCUGCCGGCCUCGGCGCGCGGCGCCCGCUUCUUCUCCUCCGAGGAGCUGCAGGAGCGCCUCUACCUGAACCGCUCGCUGCUGGCCGCCGUCUCGGCGCAGCGGGUGCUGCCCUUCGACGACAACGUCUGCCUGCGCGAGCCCUGCGAGAACUACAUGCGCUGCGUCUCCGUGCUCAAGUUCGACAGCUCGGCGCCCUUCCUCGCCUCCGACACCAUCCUCUUCCGGCCCAUCCACCCCGUGACGGGGCUGCGGUGCCGCUGCCCGCCCGGCUUCACCGGCGACUACUGCGAGACCGAGAUCGACCUCUGUUACUCGAGCCCUUGCGGGAGCAACGGCCGGUGCCGGAGCCGCGAGGGCGGCUACACGUGCGAGUGCCACGAGGACUUCACGGGGGAGCACUGCGAGCUGAGCGCCCGCCUGGGCCGCUGCGCGCCGGGCGUCUGCCGCAACGGGGGCACCUGCGUGAACCUGCUGGUGGGGGGCUUCCGCUGCGAGUGCCCCCCCGGGCACUACGAGAAGCCCUUCUGCGCCAUGAGCACCCGCAGCUUCCCCCCGCACUCCUUCGUCACCUUCCGGGGCCUGCGCCAGCGCUUCCACUUCACCCUCGGCCUCACGUUCGCCACCAAGGAGCGGGACGGGCUGCUGCUCUACAACGGGCGCUUCAACGAGAAGCACGACUUUGUGGCGCUGGAGAUCGUGGGCGAGCAGAUCCAGCUCACCUUCUCGGCAGGCGAGUCCACGACCACGGUGUCACCCUUCGUGCCGGGCGGCGUGAGCGACGGGCAGUGGCACCGGGUGCAGCUGCACUACUACAACAAGCCCGUGCUGGGCAAGUCGGGGCUGCCGCAGGGCCCCUCGGAGCAGAAGGUGGCCGUGGUGACGGUGGACGACUGCGACACGGGCAUGGCCCUCAAGUUCGGCGCCGUCCUGGGCAACUACUCGUGCGCCGCGCAGGGCACCCAGUCGGGCACCAAGAAGUCCCUGGACCUGACGGGGCCGCUGCUGCUGGGCGGCGUGCCCACCCUGCCCGAGAGCUUCCCCGUCCGCAGCCGCCACUUCGUGGGCUGCAUGCGGCACCUGCACGUCGACGAGCGCCCCGUCGACCUGGCCGCCUUCGUCGCCAACAACGGCACCGUGCCAGGCUGCCCCGCCAAGAAGAACGCCUGCGACGCCGGCACGUGCCGCCACGGGGGCACCUGCGUGCACGAGUGGGGCGGCUUCAGCUGCCGGUGCCCGCUGGGCUUCGGCGGCCAGACCUGCGAGGAAGAGAUGGCGACGCCGCAGCGGUUCCUGGGCAGCAGCCUGGCGGCCUGGAGCGGGCUGGCGCUGCCGCCGGCGCCGCCCGGGCACCUGGCGCUCAUGUUCCGCACGCGGCAGCCGCGCGGGCUCCUGCUCCGCGCCACCGCCGCCACCGCCGCCACCGCCACCGCCGGGGCCCUGGCCACCGUCACCCUCCAGCUGAGCGAGGGGCAGGCGGAGGCGGACGUGUGGCAGGGGGGCACCCGCCUGGCCUGGCUCCGGCUGCCCCACGCCAAGGUCAACGACGGCGACUGGCACCACGUCCAGCUGGAGCUGCGGGGGGCCCCCGGCCGCCCCCCGCCCGCCGCCCUGCUCCUCCUGGCCCUCGACUACGGCCGGCACCAGGCGGUGGCCGACGUGGCCGGCGAGCUGCGGGGGCUGCGGCUGCGGACGCUGAGCGUGGGCGGGCUGGCGGGCGACGACGGGGAGGUGCAGCAAGGCUUCCGCGGCUGCCUCCAGGGCGUGCGCGUGGGCGAGACGGCGGCCAGCGCGGUGGCGCUGAACGCCGACCAGGCGGCGCGGGUGAACGUGGAGCGGGGCUGCGCCGUGCCCGACCCCUGCGACUCCGGGCCCUGCCCGGGCAACAGCUACUGCAGCGACGACUGGGACAGCUUCUCCUGCAGCUGCGACCCGGGCUACUACGGCGAGGGCUGCGUCAGCGCCUGCGCCCUCAACCCCUGCGAGCACCCGGCCGCCUGCGCCCGCAAGCCGGGCUCCGCGCGGGGCUACGCCUGCGAGUGCCCCCACGGCUCCUUCGGGCCCUACUGCGAGCACAAGUUCGACCAGCCGUGCCCGCGGGGCUGGUGGGGCCAGCCGACGUGCGGCCCCUGCAGCUGCGACGUCGCCAAAGGCUUCGACCCCGAUUGCAACAAGACCACGGGCGAGUGUCGCUGCAAGGAGAACCACUACCGGCCGGCGGGCAGCGACGCCUGCCUGCUCUGCGACUGCUACCCCACCGGCUCGCUGUCCCGCCUGUGCGCCGCCGCCAGCGGGCAGUGCCAGUGCAAAGCCGGCGUCAUCGGGCGCCGCUGCGACCGCUGCGACAACCCCUUCGCCGAGGUGACGGCCAGCGGCUGUGAAGUCAACUACGACAGCUGUCCCCGCGCCGUCGAGGCCAACAUCUGGUGGCCCCGGACCCGCUUCGGGCUGCCCGCCGCCGCGCCGUGCCCCAAGGGCUCCGUCGGCACGGCCGUGCGGCACUGCGACGAGCACCGGGGCUGGCUGCCCCCCAACCUCUUCAACUGCACCUCGCUGCCCUUCGCCGCCCUCAAGGGCUUCGCGGAGCGGCUGGCGCGCAACGAGUCGCUGCUGGACACGGCGCAGUCGCAGCGGGUGGCCCUGCAGCUGCACGACGCCACGCGCCGCACGGCCGCCUACUUCGGCAGCGACGUGCGCCUCGCCUACCGGCUCGCCGCCCGCCUGCUGCAGCACGAGAGCGCCCAGCGCGGCUUCCGCCUCGCCGCCACCCAGGACGUCCACUUCACCGAGAACCUGCUGCGGGUGGGCAGCGCCCUGCUCGACGCCAGCAACAAGCGCCACUGGGAGCUCAUCCAGCAGACGGAGGGGGGCACCGCCUGGCUGCUGAAGCACUUCGAGGACUACGCCAGCGCCCUGGCGCGGAACAUGCGCCAGACCUACCUGAGCCCCUUCACCAUCGUCACCCCCAACAUCGUGGUGUCGGUGGUGCGGCUGGACAAGGGGAACUUCGCGGGCGCCCGGCUGCCCCGCUACGAGGCCCUGCGGGGGGAGAAGCCCCCCGACCUGGAGACCACCGUCAUCCUGCCCGAGAGUGUCUUCCGGCCCGCCGAGGGCAGGCACCCGUCCGCCGGGCACGGGAAGCGCCCGCAGGGCGCUGGCGGGCGGGAGGAGGCGGACGAGGAGGCUGAGGCCACCACCGAGGAGGAAGAGGUGACGCUGGUGACCAGGCACAAGCGCCACCCGGAGCCCAGCGAGGGCCAGGCCAUCGCCAGCGUCAUCAUCUACCGCACGCUGGCGGGGCUCCUGCCCGAGCAGUACGACACGGACAAGCGCAGCCUCCGGGUGCCCAAGCGGCCCAUCAUCAACACGCCGGUGGUGAGCAUCAGCGUGCACGACGCGGCGAGCGGGGCGCCGCGGGCGCUGGAGAAGCCCAUCACCCUGCAGUUCCGCCUGCUCGAGACCCAGGAGCGCUCCAAGCCCAUCUGCGUCUUCUGGAACCACUCGCUGCUGGCGGGCGGCGCGGGCGGCUGGUCGGCGCGGGGCUGCGAGGUCGUCUUCCGCAACCGGAGCCACGUCAGCUGCCAGUGCAACCACCUGACCAGCUUCGCCGUCCUCAUGGACAUCUCGCGGCGGGAGAACGGGGAGAUCCUGCCGCUGGCGGCGCUGACCUACGCGUCGCUGGGGGUGGCGCUGGCGGGGCUGCUGCUGGCCGUGCUGGCGCUGGGCGCGCUGCGGGGGCUGCGCUCCAACCGCCACAGCAUCCGCCGGCACGGCGCCACCGCCCUGCUCCUCGCCCAGCUCGUCUUCCUGCUCGGCAUCAACCAGGCCGACCUGCCGCUGGCGUGCACGGUGGUGGCCAUCCUGCUCCAGUUCCUGUACAUGAGCGCGGUGGGCUGGGCGCUGCUGGAGGGGCUGCACCUGUACCGGCGCCGCAGCGAGCCCCGGCACGUCGACCGCGGGCCCAUGCGCUUCUACCACGUCCUGGGCUGGGGGCUGCCCGCCUUCAUCACCGCCCCGUCGCCGCGCCAGGGCCCGCUGAGCUUCCUCUUCUGCGUGGUGCUGAGCAAGGAGGUGCGGAAGAGCCUGCGGGCGAGCUGCGCCCGCCGCGCCGCCGGCGCCCCGCCGCUGGCCACCAAGUCCACGCUCACCGCCGCCUCCCGCUGCGACGGCACCUACGUGGCCGGGCGGCUCUACCAGGCACCCGCGGGUGCCGCCGCCGCCGCCGCCGGCUCCCUGCCCAGCACGGCGCGCUCGGGCAAGAGCCAGCACAGCUACAUCCCCUUCGUGCUCAGGGAGGACCCGGCGCUGGACGGCGGCGCGGCGCCCGCGCACCCCGGCGGGCUCUACCUGCACGCUGCCGAGCGGCCCGACGAGCACGACACGGACUCGGAGAGCGACCUGUCGCUGGAGGACGACCGGAGCGGCUCGUACGCCUCCACGCGCUCCUCGGAGAGCGAGGGGGAGGCCGCCGAGCCGCGCUGGCAGAGCCUGCCGGGCCCCGGCGCCCCCGGGGACCCCCCGCCCGCCGCCGCCACCGCCGCCGCCCCGGGGUGCCCGUACUGGCCGGGCGACUUCGUCACCACCACCACCACGGCGAGCGAGAGCGAGGCGCCCGGCGGCUCCGCGGCGCUGCGGGUGCAGGCGGCGGCGGCGGGCGGCGAGGGGCUGCCCCACGGCCGGGACCCCCCCCCGGCGCCGCCGCCGCCGCCGCCGCGUGCCCGCGGAGCUGAGCGCUGCCCGGCGCCCGGGGCCGGCCUCGCCGCCCGCCCCGCCGGCAUCCUGAAGAAGAAGGCGGCGGCGGUGGUGCCGGUGCCCGCAGCGGGGCCCGGCGAGGCCGGCUCGUACCGGGGCUCCUCGGGCAGCGAGGGCGCCCCGGGGGGGGUCCCCGCCCCCACCGCCCCCGCCGGACCCCCGCCCAGCCUGCAGCGGCAGCUCCGCGGCGCGACGCCCAUCGCCAUGAGCAUCAAGGCGGGCACCGUGGACGAGGAUUCGUCCGGCUCCGAAUUUUUGUUCUUUAAUUUUCUCCAUUAA